CCCAUCCUGAGUGAGAACACAAACAACCCAUACCCCACAAUCUCGUUUCUCCAGCCGAUGUCGUCAUAGUUAAAGUUCCCAUGAUAAGGAGGUGGCUAGGGUUGAGCAUCGCUGCAUUGUCUAUUAAGGCUCUUAAGUUCCUUUGAUUUAGUGGGCCACAGUUCGGGUUAUCUGUAGAUACACCCGACGAUAAGUAAGUCUCCUCCCUUGGACUCUUCAAAAACAUCCUCUUCCUGUACCCUCCCCUGGCUGGCUGUCAGUGUCUCGUAUAUUAGCCCGCACACGGUACAGGGUGUACAGCUGCCACAUCGCAGGUGAUGGCGAGACUAUAAGAAUGCUAUCUGAACUCUCCUGUAUCUAGAAAACCAAUCAUUUGGCAAUUAAAUGAAUAGAAGUGGAAGUAAUCAGCGUACCGAACCGCUCAAGGUCGCAAGUCGUAUUUAACCUUGAGUGCCGCACACAACACACCAGCGGAGCUCAUCCCUUCUCAUCAAGUUUGUGUCACUGUGCAGUCACAAUACCCAGCGGCCAGGAGUUAAAACAGACAGCCAGGGCCUCUAACCCGCCAUUUGGUUAUCUUUAUGAAUGGAAAUGACUUAUCCUGAGCCAGAUGGAGGAGACAGUGGAAGAUCUCAGUUGGCAUGGACGUGUGGUGACGAUGGUGUACACCUCACCAACAGUGUUGGGAAGGGAAGCUUUAUGGACCAGUUGAAGGCUCUCCUUAUCCGCAACCUGACUCUCAAGAUGAGGGAUAAACGCAAGACUCUCACGGAGUUCUUAAUGCCUCUCUACUGGAUCAUGAUACUGGCCAUCAUUCGUAUGUCAAUUAAGGACGAGCAUUACGACCCUAUUGGUGUACCACACGUGAGGCACCACUCCUCCGCAGCCUCCCAGCACUCAAUGCAUCACACCUACAUGUUGUGCCAGCUAAUAACACUGAGGUGGAGACACUUGUAGAGAAGAUUCAAGAACUUGGAACUGGUAUGGGAGUAGUAAUAUCUGUUGUGUAUCAUAACAGCGAGGAGGACUUGUUGAAGGCGUUCAGGGCGAAGUCUCCUAUAAUAUCAAGAGCAGUGGUGUUCCCUCAUCAUCCUGUCAUGAAUAAAACCUACCUCUUGAGGUUCAACCCCCUCAGUAUCCUCACUGGUGGUCUCCCACUCUCCUCGAACCUAUGGACCAGUGGACCAAACUGUCGUAGCCUGCAUAAUGAGGACACUGGCCUACAACUCUCUGGUUGUCCACCAAAUCAUUACUUCUUCUCAGGAUUUUCAGUACUUCAGACUCUCAUUGACACUGCCAUCAUUAGUCUCCAAACUAAGAAAAAUAUAUCAGUUCCAAGUGUGACUCUUGAAAACUUCCCAAAGGAGGAAUACCAGUCUGGAGGAGGACUUGUUCUCCGUAGUAUAGUGCCUCUGUACAUGGUGUUUGCCUGGGCUCAGUUCAUAGUGUACAUGUUGAUGUUGGUGGUUGAAGAGAAGGAGAAGAAGAUCAAAGAAAGUAUGAAAAUGAUGGGACUCAGAGACUCUGUGUACUGGUUGUCGUGGUUUGCCGUGUAUGGGGCGUACGUGUUGGUGCUGGCGCUCAUCUGCAUCGUUGUGCUGCCGCUCUCUGGAGUCUUUAAACACGUCAACCUCCUGCUGCUGUUCAUCCUCUUUAUUCUGUACGGCUGCUCCUCCAUUGUUUUUGCCUUCAUGAUGACUCCCUUCUUCAACAGGGCAAAGGUUGCUGGAUUAAUAGGUAACCUGACACAAGUGGCUUUCAGCUUGUUAUUUUACCUCCAAGUGUAUCUGGGAGAUUCCAUUAACCAAGGAGUAUUCUGGGCUCUGGCAUUACUCUCUCCAUGUGCUUUCUCUUUUGCUGUUGAUAAGGUGAUCAUGUUCGACGUCCCCGGCGGAGGUCUGGGCUUCAAUAACGUGUGGGAGGGCCCAGGACUCCCAUUUGCCGGCAGCCUUAUUAUGUUAUCCGUCGACAUACUUCUGUAUCUCUUCCUGGCGUAUUAUCUGGACAGCGUCAUCCCAAGUACAUAUGGGACCAAGAGGAAACCAUGGUUUUUAUGUACAAAAUCAUUCUGGACACAAAGCAACAAAAGUUUUCAGUUUGCCUCACUUUGUGCUUUGGAAAAUGGUGCUUAUGAAAACGAUGAUAAUUUAAACAACCCAAAUUUGGAACCGGUCUCCCCAAACAUGAGUGGAAGAGCUGCGGUCUCCAUCCAUAACUUGACGAAGAUCUUUCACCCUCCGAGAAAGGAACCCGUGACAGCUGUGGACAAUUUCAGCCUUGACAUUUAUGAGAGUCAGAUAACUGCUAUCUUGGGACACAACGGAGCCGGGAAGACAACAUUGUUCAACAUACUGACGGGCAUGACAGCUGCAACAAAGGGCAGUGCAAAAAUUUUUGGCAUGGAUGUUAAUGAUGCCAAUGAGUUAACAGAAAUUAGACGGAUCACUGGAGUUUGUCCACAGCAUGAUGUCGUCUUUCAAACACUGACUCCACGAGAACAUCUCCGCUUCUUUGCUCGUAUUAGGGGAAUUCAGUCGGAACAGUUAGAUGCAGAAGUAGAACAAACACUGAAGGAUGUGGGCCUCGACAGUAAGGGAGACACCGUGGCUGCAGACCUGUCAGGUGGUCAGAGAAGAAAGCUGUCCAUUGGUAUUGCUUUAAUUGGUGACCCGAGGAUAAUCUUCCUGGAUGAACCGACAGCUGGAGUGGAUGCCUACUCCAGGAGGCUACUUUGGUCACUUCUGAAGAAAAAGAAAGAAGGGAAGGUUAUCCUGCUCACAACUCAUUUUAUGGAUGAAGCGGAUAUUUUGGCCGAUCGGAAAGCAAUUAUGUCACACGGCAGACUUCAGUGUUGUGGGUCGUCUCUCUUCCUGAAAAACAAGUUUGGAGUUGGAUAUCAUCUCACGCUGGUAGUCGGUGAGGACGUAGAUGCCAACAGAGUAACUGAAGCACUGCAGGAGGUUGUUCCCCAGGUCCAGAUGGCACGUUUUUAUGGAAAGGAAAUGUCCUUUAUUCUGCCUUCAGAUUCUGCCCGGGAAUUUUCCAAUCUUUUCAUGAAGCUCGAUCGACACAUCACCGUCGCCGAGGAAAACAUCGACAUCGAAGGCUAUGGCAUCUCCAUGACGACACUGGAAGAGGUUUUCCUCGCUCUGAGUGAAGAGGACCAUGAUAAUAGACAUCAUUCAGUGGAUAAUUUAGCUCAUCAAAUGAUUCGUGAUAAAUCUUCAUCUUCGUCUCCCCUUCAUUCAGCGUCUCUCAGUAUUAAACAAGAGGAUGGUGAUAGAACAAAUAAGAAUGACACUCAGGGAUUUGCUGUCAAUGCUGUGGAUGUCAU